AUGACGGCAAAGGGUGGGAGCUCUUUGGAUAUUGUGCAGGAUGCCAUUCACCUGCGCUUUGUCGACAUGCGCCGUGCGUUCCAGAACAUCGACAUCGACGGCAAUGGCAGGCUCUCGGAGGCAGAGGUCCGUGGAGCAUUGGACAACUGGAACGCGCCACUCGAGGAAAAGCAAAUCGCGGCCCUCUUCCGCGCUUGCGAUCCCGACCAAGAUGGCCAGAUUGACUACAAAGAGUUUGUGGCCGCACUGGCUCGCGAUACUGUUGCGCCCGAGGCGAUGGCGCAGAUGCAGAGAUGCCAGCCCAAGGUCAUGGAGACGCCAACACAGACGCCCGAAGAGAUGGCAGCAGCGAGGGCGGCGGCGGGGAUUGCGGCUGUCCGUCCUCCAGAGAGGAACGUCGAGCGCUACCGAAGGCAGAACUUUGACGAGCUGCCUGGCCAGAGAUGCAAAGGACCUCUCGAGGCACGGCUGGGCGAUCCAAAAUGCGGAGGACUCGCGAGGCCCGCGACCGCGUAUGAGACCUUCUUUGGCGAGCGAAAAGAGGACUCGCCCUCCUCCGUCGCGUUCCGGGACGCGCGCGCGAAGGCCGAUGCACUGAGGGCGAAUAGUGAGGACCCGUUCAAGAUGGUCAGGGAGCUCGAGGCCCUGCAACGACAUUGA